AGAUGAACUUGGUGUAAAUGGGGAAAGGAAUGGGAAAAGGCAUCAUUGCUGAUGCUGCAGUGGAAAAAUACUUUGCUGACCUGAAAGCAAGCACAUCUUACAUCCUUGGACUUUUAGUUGGACAGGGGGAGUUUGUGGUGCAUGCAGCGAUGACCCCACUAAAGGAGGACAAUCCUGGUGGCCUGAUGAAUGAGGAUGACAAAGACUACAUCCUAGAUCACGCAGAACAUCUGAACCGCAUGGUUCCUGGAGGACUGUCUGUGAUGGGCAUGUUUGUGGUCUCCCCGUCCCACCAGACCAAAGAGAGCCAUAUGAAAAUGAGGCGGACUAUGGCUGCUGUGGAGAAUCGUGUAUCCGAGGACAGGCUUUGGGGUUUCUCAGAGGAGGACACCAAUGACAGAGUGAUGCUUCAUAUCUGCUCCAACACCAACAAAGUGACUUGCUGGAUUAUGAACAUUAAAGAACCUAGUAAAUCUUCUAAAUCUGCGACAUGGAGUUACCUGCCGUGGAUGACAGCGUUCUGGCCUGUUGCAGUCUGCCCCAUGGACAUCGACCUGAUGUUCCCUAUCAAGGACAAGACCCGCCACGGUCUGAUGCAGGCCAUGAAGGAUGGGAUGAUGAGGUGGGCAAAGAAGACUGAGGCCAGUGUUUGUCUCCUCAACAACAAAAAUCUACCAGCUAAGACAAAUUUGAACCCCCCAACUAAGAGGAACAAUUCACAAAGGAUAAAGAUUCAAGGUCAGAUCUUCAUCCCAACAACAGGGGGCAAGCUGGGGGAGAGGCCUUCCACUGCGUCAGUGCAGGUAUGCAGCUGUAUCCUGAGACUGAAGGGGAGUCUGGGGUGCAGAGCAUACAUGAACCCUGCAAGGACCACUGCCAAGACCACCACCAUGUACAUCAAGAGGGACAUCAUCAGGAGUGUCUACAACAGUGCCAAAAACUUCUUUGAACAUCUGAUAAAUGAUGAAAACUCAGCGAAGGCAUUCAUGGGCUCCCAACCCUUGGCUAAGCGGGUGUUCUUCCUGGUUCCCGACACUGGCAUCUCUCUGUGUGACUACAUACUCUCCUCUGAGACAGAGGCAGCUGUCCAGGAGAGGGUAAGGGAGUGGGCAGGCUUCACCAUCCCUGAUGGGCAGCUCCAUAUCACCCAGCAGCUGGUACAGGGCAGGUUGGAGUGGCACCAAGAUUCAGAGGAAGGCAUGGACAGCACCUGGGUCCCGGUGUACAAGAUCCAGCAGAGGCGCAAAAUCACCAUGGGUGUGGCAGUGGCUUCAGGAGUCUCCCUGGUGGCCUGUCUCAUCUAUAGUCUCUUCCUAGAAGAGUGAAGAGUGUCCCACGGAGUCAAGCGGUUCAAUCCCAGGAUCUGGCAUGCAAAGGGCAUCAGAACAUCCCUGGGAUUCCCAUUUAUUAAAGGGGCCUGUGCAAUGACAUGGAAGUUAAGAUGUGUUUUUUCCAUUUCUAUUAACACAUUCCAGUAACAGAUGACAGUGUGUCUAGGAACACACUUCCUGGGUUCAUUGUUAGAGGGGCCCAUUCAUAUUUGCGGCGUGAGACAGCAAAGUCACGUGGAAGGAGCCAUUUAUUUUCACGUGAGAUCAGAGCCACCAGCUGCUAUAGUUUUACACUCUAACGGGAGCGUCAUGCCCCAUACCUCAUGAUGUGACGUCAUCUUAGUGGGGUUUUGUGUGGGUCAACUAGAAUGUUGCAGCUGGUGCCAUGAAUCAAAGCUCACAGCGCCAACUGAGAAACAACCUACCCAAUAAACAGAGAGAGAGGGAUGGGGGCGCUUAUUAUAACUACUGUAGGUAAAUAUUUGUGUUAACUAAUCUCAUUCUCGGAAGUCUCGGGUAAUCAACAGUGCCUCUUCAAACUCAGGAGGCUGAAGAAAUUUGGCUUGUUAACUAAAACUCUCACAAACCUUUACAGAUGCACAAUUGAGAGCAUCCUGUUGGGCUGUAUCACUGCCUGGUACGACAAUUGCACCGCCCACAAACGCAGGGCUCUUCUGAGGGUGGUGCGGUUUGCACAACGCAUCACCGGGGGCAAACUACCUGCCCUCCAGGACACCUACAGCACCCAAUGUCACAGGAAGGCCAAACAGAUCAUCAAGGAGAACAACCACGCUAUCAUCCAGAAGGCGAGGUCAGUACAGGUACGUCAAAGCUGGGACGGAGAGACUGAAAAACAGCUUCUAUCUCAAGGCCAUCAGACUGUUAAACAGCCAUCACCAUCACAGACAGGCUGCUGCCUCCAGUACAUACAGACUUGAAAUCAUUGGUCACUUUCGUAAAUGGAACACUAGUCACUUUAAUAAUGUUUACAUAUCUUGCAUUACUCAUCUCCUGUAUAUAUACUGUAUAGCCUAUGCGCUCUGACGUUACUCAUCCAUAUAUUUAUAUAUUCUUAUUCCAUUCCUUUACUUAGAUUUGCGUUUAUUAGGUAUAUGCUGUGGAAUUGUUAGAUAUUACUUGUUAGAUAUUGCUGCACUGUCAGAACUAGAAGCACAAGCAUUUCAUUAUACUCACAAUAACAUCUGCUAACCAUGUGUAUGUGACCAAUACAUUUGAUUUGAUUUGAUCUAUAAUGGGAAUUCAUGCAUUGCCCACUGUCUAAACAAAAAUGUAGCAAUUGGCAUAGCGCUACUGUGUUGACUUUAUGGACGUUAUAGAUCUUAUUUUGUUUGUGGCUAAUAUCUGUCUUAGCCCUUCCAUGAGGCACUUGAUGUUUUCUCUCAACACUGCUACAGGCCACAGGCUUACAUUGCACUCCUGAACCCUGACAUCAACAACAACCACCUCAGAUACACAACACUUACUGUAGGCUAUUUAUUAUACAGUAUAUAUGACUUGCAGCUACAGUAAAAUUCUGUCUGUGGCCACAUCACAUACCGAAACUCUGUGGUUACUGUGAGCAUGGGGCAAGUGGUGACAGGCCUGUCCAGACUCCAGACAGACACAGAGAGGAUAUUUUUGCUACUAGGCCCAGCCGCCACCCAUGCGAUGCAACGGUCGCCGCAGUGAGCAGAAGAUGUUGUCAGUCUGGUGGGACUGUGUUGUUACAUGCUUAAGGAACCACGGGCAGGAGAAGCACCAGGUUGCAUGAAAGGAAAGCUCCAGGGGGAGGUUUCAGUGAGGCGUGAUAGGGGUUAGACACACCACUGGUUGUGGAGACGUGAAAGACAGUCUCCCUUAAAGGUUACCCUGGUUACCCUGGGCCAUGUGUAGUCUGUAACAGGAUCACUUGUAUUUUAAACCUAAGAGGAAAUAUGACAGUGUGUCACAGUUCACAGUAUUCUGCUGUUGGCCUGACGAACACUCACUCGCUGGCCGGUGCCUGACGAACACUCACUCGCUGGCCGGUGCCUGACGAACACUCACUCGCUGGCCGGUGCCUGACGAACACUCACUCGCUGGCCGGUGCCUGACGAACGCUCACUCGCUGGCCGGUGCCUGGCGAACGCUCACUCGCUGGCCGGUGCCUGACGAACGCUCACUCGCUGGCCGGUGCCUGACGAACGCUCACUCGCUGGCCGGUGCCUGAUGAACGCUCACUCGCUGGCCGGUGCCUGACGAACACUCACUCACUGGCCGGUGCCUGACGAACACUCACUCACUGGCCGGAGCCUGAUGAACGCUCACUCGCUGGCCGGUGCCUGACGACCACUCACUCGCUGGCCGGUGCCUGAUGAACACUCACUCGCUGGCCGGUGCCUGACGAACACUCACUCACUGGCCGGUGCCUGGGAUGUAUGUAAUAAGACUAAAGAUUUCCUGGGGUAACAAUGUAAGAAAUAAUACAUGAAAAAACAAAAUACUGCAUAGUUUCCUAAGAACGCGAAGCGAGGCGACCGCCUCUGUCGGUGCCAUUUUCAGAGUUUCAGAGUUAUUGUUCCCAGCACAAGGUGCACCUGUGUAAUGAUCAUGCUAUUUAAUCAGCUUCUU